UCUUUAGAGACUCGACAAGACCACAUCGAUUGCUCCUCUUUUUCUUUGUCCCAAACACACUUCAACUCCACUCAUUUCCUUUUAGUGGCUCUUGAGUCUUGAAGUUCCUUAUUAGAUAAGAUUUAUGCAAAUCCCUUCAGAAAAUCUCCAAUAUCCAAUAAUUGCGCCAAACCCAAAUCCAUUUCACUUCAUAUUCCUUCAACAACUCGUCACCUGAACCGAACCAUGCGAGAGGCGCAGAACGACACCGUUGCAACAGAAUUCGCAACGACAACAAACGACGAGGAGGUUCCGUCCGGCGUCGUUUUGUUCGGGAAGUACGAGUUGCGAAGGUUGCUGGGAGUUGGCGCAUUCGCGAAGGUGUACCACGCGACGAGCGUGGACGACACGCACCAGAGCGUGGCGUUGAAGGCCGUGAGCAAGAACAAGGUCCUGAACGGAGGCUUCGCCGCCAACGUGGAGCGCGAGAUCUCCAUCAUGCGCCGCCUCCACCACCCCAACAUCAUUAACCUCUUCGAAGUACUCGCGACCAAAACAAAAAUCUACUUCGUCAUGGAGUUCGCCGCCGGCGGGGAGCUCUUCCACGAGGUCGCCGGGAAGGGACGGCUCACGGAGGAAACCGCCAGAUUUUACUUCCGGCAGCUGAUCUCCGCCGUGAAGCACUGCCACUCCCGCGGCGUCUUCCACCGCGACCUCAAGCUCGACAACCUCUUACUCGACGAGGAUGGGAACCUUAAGGUCUCCGAUUUCGGGUUGAGUGCGGUCACGGGUCAGAUCCGACCCGACGGGCUGUUGCACACGGUUUGUGGAACCCCUACCUACGUGGCGCCCGAGAUUCUUGCGAAGAGAGGCUACGAUGGCGCCAAGGUGGAUCUUUGGUCGUGCGGCGUCGUUUUGUUCGCGCUCAUUGCUGGCUAUUUACCCUUCAAUGACUACAAUCCCUCCGUUCUGUAUAGGAAGAUUUACCGCGGUCAAUUCCGGUUCCCGAGGUGGAUAUCACAUGAUCUGAGAUUCCUCUUAUCACGACUUUUGGACACAAAUCCCAAGACAAGGAUAACCGUCGAUGAGAUCUAUAAGGACACGUGGUUCAAUGCAGAUGGCGAGUAUCGGUUCAACCGGGUUUUGGUCAAGGAGAGUGAGUGUGAAAAGCAAUUAGGUCGAACCGGAUUCAAGUCUUUGAAUGCUUUCGACUUAAUUUCUUUCUCAACCGGGUUGGAUAUGUCGGGUCUUUUUGAGGACCCGACCGGAUCGAAUUUGGUCGAACGGGUUGUUUCGACAGUGGUGCCAGAGAAAAUUAUGGAGAGAGUGGAGGCAAUGACGGAGGAGGGAAGGGUGGUGGUGAGAAGGGAGAAGAAUGGUGGUGGAGCAAAGCUAGAAGGGCAGGAUGGUAAUUUGAUUGGUAUUGUUGUGGUUUACCAAUUAACCGAUGAGCUGGUGGUGGUUGAAAUGAAAAGAAGUGAAAAGGGAGGGGGGUUUGGGGGGCAGUUUUGGAAAGAUAAACUGCGGCCACUGCUUCUUGAAUUGGCAAGUGAAUUGGAAGAGCCGGUCUCUCGGUGAUUUCUAUAGAAUAUAAUUUGGUAUCUAUGUUUUUUGUUUUGGGUAACAACCGUAAACCAUUGUUUUUAUGGAUUGGUGAAGGUUUAGGUAAUGUUUUAAGGAACUUAUAUAAGUAUAUAGUGAAGAAAUGAACAUGUUUAAUACUACUAAAAUUUAAAGAUACUUUUGGACUCUUUUUCAUAAGUUUAAUUUAUUAGAUAAUCUUUGCAAUAAAUUUUACUACUGUGAAUUUAUGUGAAUAAAGCAGAAUUAAUACUUAUGUACUGUA